AGUAGGUUGUUGCAGAGUCCACGGAAGAGAUAUUUUACACUGCAAAACCAUGAACGCAUCAACACUCUCUACCGCUUUCGAUGAGGUGGACAACAAUACCCGGGUUUUAUCACUAGUAGCAAGCGUUCCAGAAACCAUCUCUUCUUCAAUGAUUCAUGAGUUAGAACCUGUUGACGACGCUCAUUACAAUAUGAGCCAUAACCGGCGUGGUGUGGCAGCAGUUUUUAAUCAUCGGAAAUUUCUCCAUGCCUCCGAACGCAAAGGAACCGAUGCGGAUUGUGACAAUAUUAGACAGGUGCUGAUCCAUUUACAGUUUGAGGUGCGUGUGUACGAUGAUUUAACGAAAAAAGAUAUAAAACAAGUGCUCGACGAUUUGGCAGAAGAGGAUCACAAGAAUAGUGACUGUUUGCUCGUGGUGAUUAUGACACACGGAGAUGAUGAUGUUUUGCAUGCAAAAGAUGGCACUUUCAAUGUAGAUCGACUUUGGGAAAAUUUUAUCGGAGAUUCGUGCCCCUCUUUACUCGGCAAACCAAAACUGUUUUUCAUACAAGCUUGUCGAGGUAGCAGCUUUGACACGGGCGUUCAUUUUAGCCAAUGUAUUAAACAGGUUGCUAAAACCGUUGUUCCCUGCACAAUGCAAGAACUACCACAGCCGACCAUAGGUCGCGGGUGUCCUAAGUCAUCGAUACAGUAUGCUAUUCCAUCAAUGGCCGAUCUGCUGGUUAUGUACUCCACCUAUAAAGGCCAUUACGCGUGGCGCAAUCCUAGCACCGGUUCUUGGUUUAUUCGGGCGCUGUGUGAUGAGCUGCGGGAGCAUGGAAAUAGCAAGGAGUUGCUACAGCUAUUGACAUCUGUAUCGCGCAGAGUAGCGUAUGAAUUCCAAUCCAACGUACCCAAUAACAGCCAAAUAGACUGUCAGAAGCAAAUGCCUUGCAUUGUUUCGAUGCUUACCCGACGAAUUUAUUUUUCAAAAAAAUGAGACUUUUGUUUUUAUCUCGAUACGAUACGAUGGAUGUUUAAUCAAUCAAAUGUGUUUUAACAUUACUUUAAGCUAGGAAAAAUCUAGU